AUGAGGUGGCAGCGGCCGGCGGCUCCAUGGCCCAUGCGGAGCAAUGCCCGCGCAGACCGGCGCGCGUGGCACACGCAAGACCCGCGCAUCAGGCGGCCCGCGUGCCGAGCCGCAUCAGGCGGCGGCUGCGCCGUAGCAGGCGCUGCGUGCGCCGGUUCCCACACAGCAGGAGUGCGGGACCCGUGCGAGUGGACCAAGGCGGCGCCCUGCUGGGCCGCGAGGCGGCGGCCGGUCCGAGCCGCAAUGAACACUGUGACGGGCUACCUGAAAUCCAUUGAGCCCCUGAAUGGCACCAACUAUCCUAGCUGGUAUAAAGAUGUUAAUGUUGCCAUUGAUGUGUAUGAGUAUGAUCUCGCCUUACGUCAAGACAAGCCAGCAGAGCCCGCUGAUCCCAAUGGUGAUCAUACUGCCAUUGAGAAGUGGGAGAGAUUAGACAGGAUGGCCAACAUGAUCAUUAAGAACACAAUCACUCCGGCCAUCUGUGGUGCUAUUCCUGAUAAGGACCAGGAUGGUAAUGAUCUGAGCGCCAAGGCAUACCUUGCCAAGGUGGAGGAGAACUUUAAGAGUUCUUCCAAGACUUAUGCUAGCACCCUGAUCAUGAAGAUGCUGACUUCACAGUAUGAUGGGCAAAGUGGAAUCAGGGAGCACAUUAUGAGCAUGUGUGACGUGGCAAAUAAGCUGAAGACACUGGAUAUGGCUAUCUCUGAUGGUUUUCUGGUGCACUUCAUCAUGACUUCUCUGCCAGUACAGUACAGUCCCUUCAAAAUAAGCUACAACACUCAGAAGGCGACUUGGAGCAUGGCUGAGCUCAUUAGCUACUGUGUUGAGGAAGAAGAAAGGCAGAAAGCUGAAAGGAUGAAGGAUGCUGUCAACAUGGUCAGCGAGCGCUUUGGGCGUGUUAGCAUGAGCAAUACUCCUAAGCAUCAGGCUGAGUCUGGCAGCAGCAGACAGCAUAAGAGAAAGUUUAAGGGCCAUAAGAGCAAGGCCAUGUCACAUAAGAAGACCUCUAAUGAGAGGCUAUGCAAGUUCUGCAAGUCACCUAAACAUGAGCAGAAGGAUUGCCAUGGAUUUAAGGAGUGGCUUAAGAACAAAGGUAUUCAGUUCGAUUCGAACUAUAAGAGAGGGGGACCGAAGCCUAAGAGUGGCUAAUGGCAAUGAAGUGAAGGU